UUGGCAGAACAUCAGUAAAAUUGCCCGCAAAAAUACGUGGGAGGAAAUUGUAAAACUCCUCGAGCCAUCGUUGAAUCAGUCUGGCAUUUUUUAUUCACUCGCUAUGGCUUCUGUGAGACUUUGACCGAGCUUGGAAUAUCGGUGCUUACCUGAGAUGGAAUCACUUAAGGAGAAAUUAGGAGGUUUUGGUCUUCGAAGUGAUUCGUGCACUUUUGUCCUAGAGUCUGAAUUUCGUGUCAGUUACCUGGGAUUCUGUAUGAAUACACGAGAAGGAGUCGAAGGAAUCCGGGCUGCUGUGGAAGAAAUUAAGAAAACUGCAAGCCAUGAGUGUUGCAGAAAUACAACUCAAACGAACUGCAUCAAAAUUAGCACAAAAGGACUUUGUUUGAUGGAGCGAAAACGAGAGAAAGAUACUCUAUUGACAUUUAUUCCUCUGAGGAAUAUUUCCUAUGGCUUUAUCAAUGAAAAAGACAACAAUGUUUUUGCCUUUAAUCAUCAUGUCUCGAAGAACCAUGUUGAAUGUCAUGCAGUAGUGUGCGAAAGUGCGCUGAAGGCACGGGAAAUUAACGAAGCGCUUUAUGCGUCGUUUAGAACAGACCAUUUCGAGACUCUUCGCAAGGAAAGGGAGAAAAUGAGAGAAUGUUUACAAUCAGAUGCGAUUCGUGAACUCAAAGACCGAAAACCAAACAUGAACUAACUACGACUACAAGGCUGGUCUUUUGCGAAAUUAAUUUCAGAAGACAUUUUAUCUAUUUUUAAACUGCUUAGAUGUUUUAUUUCUAAACAAAGUACACACCGUCAGUUAACACAUUGUUAUAAAAUCAA